AUGGAAUCUACUCAGGAACUACAACAACUCGAGAUCACUGUCCUCAAAUCUAUCUAUGCAGACGACUUCAUGGAAUGUCCGCCUCCAAAGGCAUGGAAAGUGCGUUACCGUCCUGUCGUCUAUCUAAAACCGGCUGCCGCAAGGCUUCCUGAAUUUAUCAUCAAGGUCCCCCAUUCAGACCCUCAACAUGCGGACAAGAUCUACUUCAAUCUACACGUCAUACUUCCCAAGACCUAUCCGACCAAUGCAUAUCCUACAUUCACUAUUCAACAUCCGAUUAAGGGCCUCUCCACCGAUCAAGUCGCGAAAUUGUCCGCUGCUAUUCAUACGGAGGUGAAAAAUCACAGAGGGACGGAAAUGGUAUUUCAGAUCGUCACCUUUUCCCAGGACUGGGUCGCUACCAACGUGAUACCACCUGUAGAAGUCAUCGGCUCUCUUGCCACAGAGAUGAACAGGCGCGCGUUGGACGAAGAAAGGGCCCGACGAGAGCGCGAAGAAACACAGGCGCACGAAGAAGCAGAACGCACACGACAGCUCGCCGAGGCUUUCAACGAGCAGAUACGUCUCGACGCUGAGCGCCAGCAAGCCGAGCGCCAGAAGUUCAAGGCGCGCGACCGAGCGCCGUCCGACGCCACAGAGGUUCCCUCGUCCUCUGAGGACACCCUCACACAGUCAUUUGAUUGCCUUCUCGAGAUCAAUGGUCUUCAAUUCCAGACGGUCAAGAUGUUCCAUCCUCACAAAGAAUGCUUGGGCACUGUUUAUCUUGCUGACCCGAUCUGCGACGACGUCAACGCGACCUUGCCACUCGAGGUGCAUGUUGUCACGUUCGACUCCCAUUACUAUACAACAAAUCAAGGUCGGAAGAAGCUCAAGCAACUGGAAACUGAAAUCCAGCGUGUGAUUUCAGUCCGCCACGACAACUUGUUAAGUAUCUAUGCCGUUAAAUUGACAACGCCACAAUCAAGUGGGCCGCCUCGGCUGGCGAUUCUCAUGGAGCAACGCCCUGCUCUCACUUUGCGAGACGUGCUCGAGGACUGCGAGGCUUUGCGUGAGGAACGCGCCACUGAUUAUCUUGGGCAAAUCCUCAAAGCGCUACACGUUGUGCAUGCAGCAGACCUUGUUCAUCGAGGUCUCUCUGUGCAUUUCAUUGGGCUUGUUAAGCGGGAUCAGCCAGGGCAGUCGAAGUUGGUCAAGGUGGGGAAGGUCGCGUACUACGUUCGUCUGUUGGACCUUCACAGGUCAAAUCCGUUUGGGCCGAAUACUUCAAUGGUUAUCAACGAACUUCGCUUACCCGAGAAUUGGCUAGGAAAGGAUGCGAUGGAUUCGACUCUAAUCUAUACCCGUAGUCGAGAUAUACAUUGCGUCGGGGUCAUAUACUUGCAGAUGCUGCUGGGCCUUGACGUUGUUGAUCGAUUUGCCGAUGUCCGAGCUGCGUUGCAACAUUCAUCAAUAACUUCAACUUCGCAACACCACGCAUUGAACAUGCUUUCUCCCAGAAAGAAUAAUCAUGUAUCCUGCCUCAGUCUCCUCACAGGGCUCUCCGAGACAUCCUUUCAUGGAAAACACCCGAGGACCCCAGUGCCUCACAAUUAUAGCAGUUCUCCGGAGAUCGACUAUUUCAUCGCACCGAUCACCAGGAAUAAGCCCGUCAGCAGGUGGAAAGAAGAUUGGGAGGAACUAGAGUUACUAGGUCGAGGAGCUUUCGGCUCAGUGGUCAAAGCUCGCAACAAGAUCGACUCUCGUAUCUAUGCCGUGAAGAAGGUCAAGCUGCGGGCGACAAAAGAGAACAGGAUUUUUCGGGAAGUGAACGCUUUAAGUCGCCUAUCACAUCGCUUCAUCGUGCGGUACUAUACCACCUGGUUUGAGCUAUCUGAGCCCGAAUCCGCUGCCGCGUCUGACUAUGGCUCGAACUCAGAGGGAGACUCGGGCAGUACGGCCGAUGGGAUGACUUCGGUGCCAAAUAGCAAGCACAAGCAUAAUGGCUCGACAGACCCGUUCACUGUUGACAUGGACGACUUGGAUAGAAGUCAUUCGCAGUCAUCCUUCCCAAGUAUUCACUUUACAGGGUCAGGGUCAGGGCCAACGGAGGACAGUGAUGGCGACAGUGAUGAUCAGCAGCCUUUCCGGAAUGGCUUCCACGGAGCUCGGACAAAUGGCUUGAACGCUGUGAUCGACGAAUUUGUUGAGCGUCAGACCUUGAAAGAGAGAAUUGCUGAAGGGCUUUCAGAGGACGACGCUUGGCGUCUUUUCCAACAAAUCGUGGACGCCCUCGUCCACAUGUCUGGUCUUGGAAUUUUGCAUCGCGAUAUCAAGCUAACCAACAUCUUCAUAGGUCGUUUGGCUGCAGAACUAAACUUUCAUACAGUUGGCGAUUUCGGGCUUGCAACGUCCAGCCUUGCUGCCGUUGAUCCGUCAGAUGUGUCUCCUCAUGCAGCUAUUGUUGAAUCAGACAUGACUCUGGAGGUUGGAACGAAACUCUAUAUUGCCCCAGAGGUCCAAUCUCAUAAGAAGGGUCCGCGUGAUCAUACCAAAGCAGACAUUUAUAGCCUGGGCGUCGUGUUCUUUGAGAUGAAUUACUCCUUCACCACAGGUGCAGAGCGGAUCGCCGUUAUCGAGGAUCUGCGGAAGCCCGAUAUCUUCUUCCCGAGAGAUUGGGAAAGCCAUCGAACGCGACAAAGACAAAUUAUAUCUUGGUUACUUCGUCAUAACCCUUCCGAGAGGCCAACAGCUUUGGAGCUUUCUCAAAGCAACCUCUUGCCACCCAGGCUGGAAGACGAGUAUUUCAAGGGUGCACUUCGGAUGAUGACCAAGCCGGAUUCUCCACACCACCAAGCCGUUCUAGCUGCGCUAUUCAAUCAACCUGCCAGAGGCACUCGGGGGCAUCUGUAUGAUAUGGAAGUAGAGUUUACUUUUCCUGAACAUACAUCCCUCAAUGGGGUCGUUCACGAUACGUUGGCGGCAAUAUUUCGUCUUCACGGAGCGGUAGAUAUGGAGCCGCCGCUGCUCUUGCCUGUCACGGACCUUGUCGAUGAAAAGAGUCGUGCACUGCUUCUCGACCGGCACGGAGACGUUGUAUCAUUGCCGAACAAUGCCCUUGUUCCUUUCGCGCGUCUAGCUGCUCGUAAUAAUACCAGACGGAUCAAACGAUUUCAUAUAGGUGAUAUAUAUCGCCCCAGCCCGGUUGCUGGCCAUCCUGAAGUAUUGAAGGCAGCUGUGUUUGAUAUAAUCACGACGGAUGUCGCGAACGGGAUAAGCGCCUCUACUGCGGAAGCUAUCAUCAUUCUCAAUGAAGUCCUCGAUUCUUUUCCUGAUCUCUCACAGACCUAUGAGAUACACAUAUCGCAUUCCCGGAUCAUCGACUCGGCACUAAAUCGGAUACCUGAAGACAUGCGCAACCAUGUCGUUGAUGUUAUCACUCAGACCAAAUCUUCUUGGGCCCAAAGACGGUCCAUGCUUCUAAAGAAGGGGUUGCUUAGGAGUACCGUAGAUGAACUUGAAAUCCUCAGCGACUUCGAUGAAGAUGCGGACCUUCUGCUCGCCAAACUGGAAAAAAUUUCACCUCAAUUCAUGACUCUCUUCUCUGCGGAACUCCACGACCUCAAGAAGACCAUUCAGUAUGCGAACAUGGCCGGUGUGAUCCGGCCUAUCUAUUUCCACCCCUUGAUGCUCGGCAGUUGUAGCACUUGCUUCAAAGAUGGUGUUUGCUUCCAAGUUGUCAAGCGAGGUAAAUUGCACGACAUCCUCGCAGUAGGUGGCAGCAGAUAUGACAACAUGGUGUCACAAUUUUCUCCUCCCAAACCGAAGGGUGAUGCCGUAUGCGCCGUCGGUCUGCAAAUCACCUUGGAAAAGAUCCUGAUUGCGCUUGCAGCAUUUCAAGCAGUGUCUGUCAAAACCCUGCUGAAAGAGCAACGUUCGUUUGGCUUUUGGAGUCCAAGGCGAUGCGAUGUCUACAUUGUGUCUAAUCAGCCAGGAUUCUUGAGUCAGAGACUCGAAGUUGCUGCGUUGUUGUGGCGUCAUGGCAUCAGCGCCGAUGUGAUGUACGAAUCAGGUCUUCCCGGGAACGAACACGAGAACCAUUAUGAACUCUGUCAUAGAGAGGGGAUACUCUUCACUGUCCUUCCGCGCCCCCGGGAAAUGCGGCGAGACCAACCAGCGUUCAAGGUGAAAAGUAUUUUGAAAGGGACCGAGUUUGACGUCUCCCGGCAAGAAUUAGUCGUUUGGUUACAGCAGCAAAUCGCAGAGCAGAAACGCAUCGACGCGUCGACCUCGGGGACGCCCAUACUUUCUGAGACUUCCCAAGGUCCAGUUGUUUCGAAAGAUCUUGGAAGCGCCCCUGAUAUAUACUUGGUGCUUCCGGGAGACCAGAAGAAACUCAGAAAGCAGACGAAACAGAUGUUCAUCGACAGAGCCUUUGAAAUGGGCGUUCAGAUCCAGAAUGCUGUUCAAUCUGGCAUUCCUGUCCUUGCGAUUGACGUUCCAGGCACAGUUUUCGAUCUGUUAUCCAAGUCGGCUAGUUGGGUGACCGAUGACGAUGCCUGGAAGAUAGUUACUACAACUUUUCCGACACAGAACACAGGUUACGCAGUUCAAGUACGAGAAGCCGCUGCCCGCAAGCGGGCAGAUGGCCAUCGUUUCGUCCUUUUAUUCGCGGUUCGCGAUGAGCGCGUCCACUUACUAACGCUUUCAUGA